AUGACUGCGGACACGAUGCAAACCUUUGGUUUUCCUCCGGGAUAUUUCAUUAUUCGGUCUAUUGCUUCAAAUCGGCUGCUCGAUGUCACGAACGACGAUGUCGAAGACGGCACGGAGAUAGUUCUUUGGCCGGAGAAGGACAGUUCCUUGGUCGAAUCUCGUAGAAGUCCUGAGGCCAACAACCAGGUCUUCUUCAUUGACCCCUCUGGGGCACUGUGCGCUAGAUCAUCUGGACACGCUAUAGAUAUUGAAGACGACCGCUUGGUUUUGCGUCACAGGCGUCCGGUUUCUCUCCCAUUUCCAAACAAAUACUCCCACCCACUUCCACGGUUCUUCUAUGACACCAAGAGCGGCGAGAUAACAGUCCAAUUUGAGUAUGAUCCAACAUAUCCACCUACUCCUCAAGCUACGGGUGCCUGGCGCAACAAGACCUAUGUUCUGGCUUCUAUACCUAUGCGAAAGCCGCGAACUAUCAUCGACGACGCGUCUGAGUUUCUAACCUCUGCGGUUACUGCGCCGCUGUCGUUAUUUGGGCUUGCGUCGCCUAAACCCACGCCUGAGGAGGUUUAUCGGAGUGACAUUGACAUAGGGGAAGACGAAGUUGUUGAGGAGGAACGGGGAGAGGAAGCGGAAGUAGAUGAUUCGCCUGAGGACAUCAGGAAGGUGCGGAUGCUGGCUUUGGUGGACAAGGAAAUAAGCGACAAGACACUAGGAGAGAAAGCAAGGAAUCGCAGACGCUGGCAGGUUGCGCCCUUGCGAACGGUUAAUGCGAGAACUGGUGCUUAA